UCAACACAGCCUGUGGCAGCUUCAGGUCUGCAGCAGCGUUAACACACCGCCCGCUUCUUAACUCCACCCCACCCCCCACGCAAGGAUAGAGUGGGAGGAAAAGUUCGGUUUCUGACAGUCACCGGGACUGAACCAAUCCGCUGUCACAGGGGGAGGAACCGUAGGAGCGGACGGAGAAGAGGCAAGCUGGGAAGAGAGAGGAAAAAAGUGUCAUGGAAAGUGGCUGGGUGACCCGCGGCAGGGCUGCGGCUGACGGCUUCAGCUUGGAAAGGAGUCUGCCAGUAAGGGACGGGAGACGCUGCUGCUAAUCGCUACCGCGAGUGUGGGAAGGUGAACAUCCUGACGCAGGAUGAAGGUAGGCUUUCUCCUGUGCUGUCUUUGUGUCUUCACUGACCCAAGAUGCAGUGCGUCUGAGCGAUGUGAUGAUUGGGGAGUGGACACUAUGAAGCUAAUCCACUCAUAUGAAGGAGAGCCUUCCCGCAUUCGAUGCCCUCUUUUCCAAGACUUUAUAAAACAUAAUUAUAGCACAGCACAUUCAGCAGGUCUGACCCUUAUGUGGUAUUGGACAGGCCAAGGAAAGGACCUUGAAGAGCCAGUCAACAUCCGUCUUCCAAACAAUAGAAUCAUCAAAGACAAGGACACACUAUGGUUCCGGCCUGCUAUCAUCAGUGACACAGGAAACUACACCUGCAUGCUUAGGAACACAACAUUUUGCAGCAGAGUUGCCUUUCCCCUUGAAGUUGUACAAAAGGAUCCAGAUUCUUGUGUUAGUCAAGCUGUGAAACCAGAAGUAGUAGAGCUUCCAUUAGAGCACAGAGAGAGGCUCCCGUGCCCAGAUACUGACGGCUUCUUCCCUGUAAAUGUGACUCCGUCUGUAACAUGGUACAAGGACUGCAUCUCUGAAGCAUUUUAUGAGCGAUACCCCCAAGGCCUCAAUCUUACUUUUUUAGUUGUAAGAUCAAACUAUCAAGGAAACUACACAUGUAUCGUUACUUAUGAGGACAAUGGAAAGAUAUAUAACCUUACAAGAACUAGUGAAGUUAAAGUAGUCGGAUCACCUAAAGAUGAAAAACCACCAUUGAUGACAACCCCAGAUGCUAAAGUAACAUAUGAGUUUGCAGCAGGUGAAGAAAUGUUCCUUUCCUGUGAAGUAUUCUUCUCUUUUGUAAGGAACUCUCGUACGGAUAUCUGGUGGACAGUUGAUGGCAAAAAGCUAGAGGAUAAUACUGAAAGAAUUACUAUUACUGAAAGUGUGAAUCAGCAUCUUGGUGGAGCAAAGACAAUUGAAAUAACCCUCAGUAUUAAACAGAUAACCAUGGAGGAGCUGAAGCGCAAUUAUACCUGUUCGGCAAGGAACAGUUUGGGAGAAGUCUCCAGGCAAGCAGCAGUGAAAGAGAAAGUGGGCACUCCAAGGUACAUUACUGAAUUGGCAUGUGGACUUGGAGCAACACUUUUCCUUGUGGUGUGCCUUAUCAUUGUAUAUCAUGUCUACUGGCUGGAAAUGGUGCUUUUCUACAGGGCUCAUUUUGGCACUGAUGAGACCAUUGGAGAUGGAAAGGAAUAUGACGUCUAUGUAUCCUAUGCAAGGAAUGCGGAAGAAGAAGAAUUUGUGCUGGUGACACUGAGAGGAGUACUAGAAAAUGAAUUUGGAUACAAGCUGUGUAUCUUUGACCGGGACAGUUUACCAGGUGGAAAUACAAUGGAAGCCGUAUUUGAGUUCAUUCAGAGAAGUCGAAGAAUGAUAGUUGUGUUGAGCCCUGACUAUUUGAUAGAUAAAAGCAUUAGCAUGCUGGAAUUUAAGCUAGGUAUGGUAUGCCAGAAUUCUAUCUGCACUAGUCUUAUCAUUGUGGAAUACAAACCAAUUCAAGGAACAAAUACCACCAUUGCAAAACUCAAGGAGACUAUACCCUAUGUUCACUGGGAAGGGGAGAGUUCCAGAAGAAACAAUUCAAAGUUUUGGAAAGCACUUCGAUUGGCUUUGCCCUUACGUAGCUUAACCACUCAAUCCAGCUGGAAUGAAAGCUGCUCUUCUCAGUCGGAUAUCAGCCUAGACCAGAUUCAGAAGAAGAAGAGACGAUUAAAAGGAGAACUGGUUACUCCACCAACAGUGCAAAGUACUAAGGAAAAAAAUUUACCCCAAGGGGGUAAAGUCAAAUCAAAUGGACCUAGAGGUACAAAGGCCUGCCAGUGCUGUGUGACAUAUUGUGAUAGUGAAAACAGACUGCGUAGUAAGUGCAGUGCGGGUGCAAAGCCCAAAUGGGAGACACAUUUAUGCAAACCUGUUAGUUAUAGAAAUAAAACCCACUGGGUUCAAAAUGGCACCACCCAGCAGCCUCCAGCACCACCUCCAGUGUCAGCUUUCACUCUCCAGCAAUUCUCAGAUCUGUCUAAUAAUAACAGUGACUUCUAUGUGCUUUAACAAAUGUCACAAUGCAACCAAACCUCCUUGUGAACUAAUAAACACUUUGGGAGAGGAGGACCUUUAGCUGAGGCUUGGACAAAAUUUCCUAAUCUGGUGGGAAUUGUUUUUUCACUAUAAUUUGGUUUCUAGAAUAUUAGACAAACAAUACACUAUGGAGCCAACCAUUUGUGAUCUGUAUAUCUCAAAUUGUAAAACUUUUCCAGACCAGUCGCUUUUGUCAUUGUUUCUUACAUUAUGUUGUCACACCUUCAGUCUGUUCACAUGUUUUUGCAACAAGAAUUGGAAUAUACUUUGCCAUUUUAUAAUCACAAACUGUGUGUGUUCAGUACGUGAGCUGGUUAUCCUGUUCAAAAACACACUGUCGCCUCCCAACAGUUCAAAGGACUUCUGGCUUUUUCUGUAGCUACCCAUCUUACUAUAUGGCAUAUUAAAUGAACCUAUUCACACUUGCCAACCUUAACAGGCAUUUGCAAAGAAAAUAAAUCUUCUUUAGUGCAUCUAAUCAACAUAGAUAUAACAUAAUCGGUCAACAAAAUGAGCAAAGGUAAUAGGCACAAAGGCCGAGUGAUACCUUAUGGGGCCAGAUGUCACCUCUGCAAACAUCAAUGUUAUGAUUUUAUUUCAAGCAAAGGUAAGCAUAGUCAGAAUCACCAUUUAUGUAAAGACUAGGGCUCUUAAAGGGAUACUGUCAUGAGAAAACAUGUUUUGCAUCAGUUAAUAGUGCUGCUCCAGCAGACUGCACGGAA